AUGGAUGAAGCAGAUCGUAUUUUAAAUAUGGAUUUUGAAGUCGAAGUAGAUAAAAUUUUAAGAGUAAUACCCAAGGAAAGGAGAACAUUGUUAUUCUCUGCAACAAUGACAAAAAAAGUUCAGAAACUUCAACGAGCGUCUUUGCAAAAUCCAGUUAAAGUAGAAGUUUCAACGAAAUAUCAAACAGUUGAAAAGUUACAACAAUAUUAUGUAUUCAUCCCAGUAAAAUUCAAGGAUGUGUAUUUGGUACACAUAUUAAAUGAACUAGCAGGCAAUAGUUUUAUGAUCUUUUGCGGAACUUGUAACAAUACGGUGAGGACUGCGCUUCUUUUAAGAAAUUUAGGCUUUACCGCAGUACCAUUGCAUGGGCAGAUGUCGCAAAAUAAGAGGAUAGCUGCUCUAACGAAAUUUAAAGCAAAAAAUCGGUCCAUACUUAUUUCUACAGAUGUUGCUAGCAGGUAA